CCUUAAUGUAACCAGAACAUCCUCUAGUGUGUUUGAUUGAGACUACAUUUGAUUUUCCUAGUCUUCAUCUUCUUGUCUGAAUCAACAUGUCUUGCUGUGGAGGAAAGUGCGGUUGCGGUUCUGGCUGCAGUUGCGGCAGUUCCUGCAAUGGAUGCGGCAUGUACCCUGACUUGGGUUUCUCAGAGAAGGCCACCACUGAGACCAUAAUCAUUGGGGCUGCACCAGUGAGGACACACUUCGAGAGCUCUGAGAUGAGCUUUGGUGCUGAGAACGGUUGCAAAUGUGGCGAUAACUGCACCUGCGACCCUUGCAACUACAAAUGAAGAAAGACUCACAGCGUCCACAAGCAGCAGAUAUAUGGUCUUAUAUGAAUAAUUGGUUCGGUCUUUUAUGUCUAGUAGUUGAAGUUUGGUGGAAAUAAGAGAGUCAUGGCUUUCUUCAAAUCCUUAGUAAGGAUUUGUUGCUGUGUGUUCAUGACUAAAUGGGUGUCUUGUUUCAAUUAAGUAUCACUGCUUUGUGGAUGUUGAAGGAGUUGCUUUGCUUUGUAUUUCUGCAAUGGGAGAUUGAACUGUAACAGAAGACUAUAUGAUGAAUGAAUCUUCUCUCUGUUGUUGUGUUA